AUGGACGGAUUCGAUUGGCUCCAGAGCUUUCUUCCUGCCGACAGUCGACCCGACCCCGAUUCUGAAAUUGAUGCUUAUCAAACAAAUGCGGCAUUACACGGUGCGGAAGAAGUGGCGAGAGCGACAAUUAUACACCCGCAGGUACAAAGAUCACAUUCGUUUAUGAGGUCAACCAAUCCUGGGACGAAUCAUGCCUUGAAUCCCUCGGAGGCAUGCCCGCAAGCCUCAGAUGGACAGUGUGGAGGAAAUAAAAACCAGGAAACCAGCCAAAUUCAAUUCAACCAUCCUCCCUCUAGCCAUUCUCCACACCAAACAGACCCUUCUCACAUUACUAUGCACCGGCUUGAUCCACAUAUUCCGUCCCAACAGCACAUGACUCAGGCACAUCGGGAUGCACAUUCUCCCGGCCAAGCUUGUACGGGUGUGGAUCCCGCUCCCUACUCAUGGAGGACUUUUAACUCUAUGCCAAACUCUUCAGAGCCGUGUGAAAGCUCCCACAGGGUCUAUGAAACUACAAGACCGACAGUCCCUGCACAGAGAACCAACGAACCCAAGGCACGGGCUGUGCCCACAUCACAAAACUCGUAUCAUGGCCACUCGGCAACUCCAAAUCAGAAUUCCCAGAUGUUAGCCCAACCGCACGUGGCACAAGGUAUGGCGACACAAGUUCACAGAACACGCAUGUCGGCAGAAACGCAAAGUCCUUCUCACUGCGACAUUACAAUUCCGUCCUACAAUACUCAGCGACCUCAUUCAACUUUAGCGCAAGGGACCCGACCAACACCCCUAAUUCAAAGAAAACACUCACCGGCAGCAAGACCACAAAGACCAUACCAAAACCACCAUGCGAUCCCAGCCCGAAAUGUCCAGCAACUAUUUGAUUCAGCUGCAGCGCAACAACCUUGGCCUGUGCCCCCAGUUCAAACGACACGUACACCGGUGGCAAAGCCCCAAGUAUCGCAGAGCCCAUCUCAAAGUCAUUCCACGAGCUCAACCCAGAACGUCCUAAGGCCAUCUCACCCGAAUUCACCGCCAAGCACCCAAUCUUGGACAGAAAAUGAGAUUUGUGCCUCUUUGGUCUCGCCAAAGGGAUUCAAAACUUCAGCAGCACGUAGCAAACUACCCCAAAAUGUGAUCACACCAGUUACGGGUACUCGGGAGGCUUCCGAUUUCGCCAGAUCAAACCCAAGUCUGCUUGGGUCUUCACUUCAUAAUCAACAUAAUGUGCCACCAGCCGUGCCAACAGCGCCUGACAAGGUCCACAGCACUGCAAUCUCCCAGCUUGUCUCACCUCGCAGUCCUUCUAUCUCUCUUGCCUCUUCUGCUCCUGUCUCUGCCUCCACCCCUCCGGGCCCCCCAAGGCAGACAACUAUUGUUCCGCGCCAAUUGGACAAGUGCUGGAGUCGGGAAAAAGUAGGGAAUCAGGGUAAAGCAGCACCUGAUACAUCCUAUGAGGCAUCAAACCAGAAAGGCCAGCAGCCUCCAAUAUCCCAACCAAAUGGGUGGCACAGCACACCAGUGGCAGCCUCAGCCUUCGCGUCACUCAAUUCUGCGGCCUCUACCUCGGGGCCCGCCUAUAACUCCUCGUCUAACUCGGGACCCCGGCGAGGUACCUUUUCUGAUUCUCCCGCAGCACAACCGCCUGUUGGCGGGAACACGCCGUCGCGGGGUUACCACCUGCCGGAACAGCUGUGCCAUCAGAAAAAGCGGUGGGUUCCGGCCGCAGAGCAUUCUGAUGACUAUUCGCCUCCCAUAAAGUCGCUACGGUUGGACAAUGGUAGAAGUCAAAUGAUGACUCAUCAAACUUACCCAUCAACAGUUACCUCGGUACCAGGAUCCCAAGUACCUCUCGAUUAUGCUCGGCACCGAGGCCCCGGUAAAAUUCUUAAGAAUCGUGACGACCUAGUUCAGCCGAUAAGACGGAGCGAUGCACUGCCCAAGCAAUCUUAUGAUCCUGCCACGAUCGCGCGGGAUGUACUGAUUGCUGCGGGAAGACACCCUACGGAGAAGCAUCUAAACCAUCAUCUUGAAGCACUGCGCCGUAAUUUUACCAAAAUAGACUACAACGCAGACUUGGCAACGUUUCGUUGGGACCUGGUGGACACAAAGCAGCCUGGAACUCAAGCUGAUCGCAUGCCUCCGGUUCCUGCAUCUCACAUUCCACAUCCUCAACCACCUCACCCUCAACCACCGCAGGCAGCAGCUUGGCAAUCACUUUCAUGUGACCCCACUUUCACAAAUAGUCACGUGGCUUCACGUCAUCACGCUUCAACACCAGCGCGUGACACACCGCCAAAUCGUCAAGUCGCGAUGCCAGAAAGGAUCGACGCGCGUGUCCCUCUUGGCGGUUUGAGCCCUUGGGGUACUUUACCUUUCCAACCACCAACUUAUCAUACUCCUCAACAAAGUCUUUUUUCAAACUUGCCUUCUGGACUUCCCAGGAUCGACCCUUUGUCUGCAUCGCCGAAGUUCUCAUCCCAUCAAUCCGUCCCCUUCUCAACCCCCCCACCGGCGCAACCCCAACCGGAAUCCCAACGGCGACGACCCUCAACCACGAAAAGUGUAGCUUCGCCCAAACCCUCGCCUGCCAAAAAGCAAACCCCCAAAUUUAUAGUAAAGCCUAAACCUCAAGGGCAGGCGGUCAAGAGCCAGUUGAACUCUGGUCGGGCCGUCAAAUCCCCAGAGGCAAGGCGUCUUCAGCCGCAGGUUGUUAUUACACUCUCACCCGCCAAGAUGCCCACGAAGAAAAGACCCGGCCGACCUCCCAAGAACCCAGCGAACAAUAUCGAAGUUGCUAUCCAUCGUGAACAGCAAGUGCAAUAUCAAGUCUUUCCCUGCAAAUGGGAGGGUUGCGCUGCCGAACUUCAUAACAUUGACUCGGUCAAGGCCCACCUCAUCAAAGUUCACAUCCCGCAUUCGCUCGUUUGCAAAUGGAUAGACUGUGGCAACAAGACGCCUAUGGCUGCAGCUGAUAUGUUUACGCAUCUGGUGAGCGAGCACGUGUCUAAGAUGGCUUGGGCGCUUGGGGAUGGACCAACGGUGCCAGUAACUGGUGAGAAUCAUAACUAG